UGUGAGUUCUUCCCCACCGUCGAGACCCUGAACCUAUAAAAGUGCUCCACAUACUUUUCCAGGUUGCAGUGUAUGUUAGAUUAGCAUUUACCGUCCUAGUGUGUGAUCUUCACUCAUCCCGGCAUCAUGGGCUAUGCGGCUGUCACUUUGGUGAUGAUGCUAGUUGCUGUGGCAUGUGUAUUCAGCGCACCUGCACCUGUUCCUGGACGAAAGGAGAAAUUCAUCAUCCACGUUCCUAUCAAGUACCACACAGUUCACCACUACGUUCUGAAGAAGAUACCAGUCAUUCAUCACAUCGAUCAUCAUGACUACCACCACCACCAUCACCAUCAUCAUCCUCAUGAGCAUGAAUUCCAUCAUCAUGAUCAUGAUUUCCAUCAUGACUACCAUGACGGAUAUUAAAGGUA